AUGGCUAGUCCUCCUGUUCUAGCUUUCGACGCCGAGGGCCGUCCGGUCAAAUUCGAAACCUGGCUAGAUGACCUGCACCUUUUCCUACAGCUCACUGCCAAGGAAGAUAUUACACUGUACGACCACGCUCUUGGCCAUGCGACCGCCCCACUCGCUACUGCCCCCCCAGCUGAGCGCUCACAGUGGCAGACCCGUGACGCGCACGCUCGCUUUGCUAUUCGCAACUCCCUGCCGCUAGAUGAGCGCGAGCACUUCGGCCAGUGCAAGACUGCUAAGGACCUCUACACAGCUGUAGUGGCCCGCUACUCCUCACCCGCUUCUGCCACACUAGGCCGCCUCACUCUCCCCUACCUGUUCCCCGACCUAGCCUCUUUUCACACUGUCGCAGACCUCAUCACCCACCUUAAGACUAGUGAGGCUCGCUUUCGCGCUGCCAUGCCUGAUGAGUUCCUCGCUAGCAACCCCCCCCCGCUCUGGAUCACUCUCUACCACGUUGUCACCCGCCUCCCUGACUCUCUGCGCCCUGUCAGGGACCAGUUCCUCUCUCGCUCCCCCACUGAGCUCACCAUAGCCCUCCUCGAGAAGGAACUGCUUGCAGCCGAGGCUAGUAUCGUCGCUGUAGGCACCUCUCGUGGCGACCCCCGCGGCCCCUUCUUCGAGGGGUCGGGGCUGCGUCUGCUUCAGGCGGACGACGCAGGGGCAGGAGUGGCAGGAGUGGGGGUGGUGGCGGAGGAGGCGGGGGUGGAGGUGGUGGCGGUGGAGGUGCGACUGGAGAGGCUAGUGGCGGCGGUGGUGGAGGUGACAGCGGUGUUGGGAGUGGUGACAGGGGCGGAGGUGGCAGCGGAGGCGGAGGUGGUCGUGGCAGCGGCAGGGGUGGAGGUGGCCGGGGCGGAGGCGGAGGGGGUGGUGGUCGUGGAGGCCCGGGGGGCGGUCAGAACGUGUGGGGGGCCGCACCAGACGGAGCGCUGCUUCGCCCGCCUCAACGAUGCGUGGCGCACUCAGUUUCCUGGUGGGGGUGAACUGCCGCGCUGGGCUGAUCUGCUCAGGAAGGGUGUUGAUAUUUGGGCACUUGACUUUGAUGCUAUUCUCACUGCCAUGUAUGCGAUGUCUAUUAGUGGAGAGGGUGCUCAGUACUUGCGUGUUCCGCCCGACCCGGGCAUUCAGGCCAGCCCCGCUGCUGCUCUAGGUGCUUGUGCCCUCUAG